CGCGGACCACAUCAGUCUUCAAACUUGCUUAUUGUGAAGAAACCGGAUUCAGCGUAUUAGCACAGCCACUCUCCAGGUCACAAUGCUGUAUCGUAUCCCUCUUCUCUUAACCGCCCGCCAUCAUAUCGGAUGUCUUACUAUACCCCUAACCCUCCCGCAAAUGCCUAUACUUCAAACCCUACUAGUUCAUAUUCCUCAAACCUAAGUCGUUAUCCAAGCUCCCAGCCCAGGCCGCAGUACGGUUAUCAACAAGGUCCUCCAACUGGCGCUGAUCCUCAGCUCUGGCAGUGGUUCUGCGCUGUCGAUACCGAUAGAUCCGGUGCUCUCAGCGUCACAGAACUCCAAGAUGCCCUAGUAAACGAGUUCGAUCUCGAUACGGUCAAGAUGCUCAUGAACAUCUUCGAUACCGAUCGAAGUGGAACCAUCGCCUUCAAUGAAUUCGCUGGUUUAUGGAAAUACAUCGCCGAGUGGCAGAGAGUCUUCAAGCACUUCGAUAGAGAUCAUUCUGGUUCUAUCGAUGGACGCGAACUUGCGGAAGCUCUACGCAACUUUGGUUAUAACCUAUCUCCUCCUUUGUUGCGAGCGCUUGAAGUUCGAUACGCAUCUGUUACGCCUACUGCGUACGGCCCUCCUCCUGGUAUCACUUUCGACCGCUUCGUGAGAGCAUGCGUGAGCGUCAAGACUUUGACAGAGACAUUCCAAAGGGAGGAUCGUGACAAUGACGGUUGGAUUCAACUCAACUAUGAAGAUUUUUUGAAGAUCUCGCUCAGUGCGCCUUAACAUCGGAGUCGGUGAACUGGUGAGGACAAUAAUGUCUGCCAGUGUAUUCGUCGUGAAUUUGAAGAUGUAUGAUAAUAACCUUGGAGAUACGCUGUUUCAUGUAUAUACAACCCUCAGCGCUCAACGUGUAUGUAUUUAUGUAUGAGCCUCGCCU